CCCAGUUUGUAAGAUCGAGGUUCCUGAGCGUUUAACAGUCAGUUAUGAUGCUCUGAAGUCCAGGGGUUUGGACAGGAGAUGUGUUUGUGUUCCCACUCGUCAAGCCACUGAUGAGGAAAUCCUACUAGUUCACAGGUCACCAGAAGAAGGAAGAUUUCUUAAAACAAAUCGUCACUGGAUGUGAUUACAUUUACAUGCCAGCCUGAGACAUGUGAUACAUGUGAUUCGGGGACAUGUGGGCUUGAGACAUGCAGUCCUGGGACAUGUGAUUCUGGGACAUGUGGGCAUGAGACAUGUGAUUCAGGGACAUGCGAUGUGAGCCCGGGACAUGCCGUGUGAGCCCGGGACAUGCCAUGCGAGCCCGGGACAUGCCAUGCGAGCCCGGGACAUGCCAUGCGAGCCCGGGACAUGCCAUGCGAGCCGGGACAUGCCAUGCGAGCUCGGGACAUGCAAGCCCGGGACAUGCGGUCCAGUUUCAGCUUCUUUUCAUAAAGAAUAUCUUGAAGCUGUGAAACAAACCCCUCACAUGAGCUUGGAGGAUCUUCUCACCUUCACUCAGCAGUUUGGUGAUGUUUAUUUUCAUCCCAAUAUCUACCACUGUGCUACGCUGGCGGUUGGUGCUGCACUGCAGCUGGUGGAUAACAUUAUGGCAGGGAAAGUGAGGAACGGGAUGGCUCUUGUAAGGCCCCCUGGUCAUCACAGCCAGCGGAGUGAAGCUAAUGGUUUCUGUGUGUUCAAUAACGUGGCCAUAGCUGCCCUCUAUGCCAAGAAACACUACAACCUCAACAGGGUGUUGAUUGUGGAUUGGGAUGUUCACCAUGGACAGGGAGUGCAGUACUGCUUUGAAGAGGAUUCCAGCGUACUGUAUUUCUCAUGGCAUCGCUAUGAGCACCAGCGUUUCUGGCCAAACCUUGCUGAUUCUGAAUAUGACCGUGUGGGAAAGGGCAAAGGAUCUGGCUUUAACAUUAACCUGCCCUGGAAUAAGGUGGGAAUGACCAAUAGUGACUACCUCGCAGCUUUUUUCCAUGUUCUCCUGCCCAUCGCAUAUGAGUUUGAUCCUGAGCUGGUGUUUGUCUGUGCAGGGUUUGAUUCUGCCAUCGGAGAUCCAGAGGGUCACAUGUGCGCUUCUCCAGAGAUUUUUGGCCAUCUUACUCACCUGUUGAUGUCUCUGGCUGAAGGCAGGUUGUGUGUUGUCUUGGAGGGAGGAUAUAACUUGACGUCUCUCGCUCAGUCAGUUUGCCAAACCGUACAAACUUUGCUUGGAGAUCCCACACCAGCGCUGAAUGAUGUUGGUCCGCCGUGUCUCAGUGCUCUGGAGUCUAUUCAUAACGUCCGAGCUGCUCACCAGGGGUACUGGGGCUAUCUCAAACACAUUGUGUCCUCCGUGUCAGAGCCGAGCACCAAGCGCUGCAGAGUGGAGGAGAAAGAGAACGAGCAGAAAGAGGAGACAGUCGAGCAUCUCGUCUGGGCUGAACCCGCACCUAGAGAUGCUCCUCCUGUGCACACGGCUGCACUGAUCUCUAAAGGCUUGGAGGACUCGCUCCCAGAGGCUUGUCACCUCCUGGGUCAAAUAUCACCAAAGUAUACAGAGGAUGCCGAGAAAAUCAGGAAGAAACAUUUUCAGGACUUGACUGAUGAGACAUCCUUACAGUGUAUACAGGAUGUUGUCUCACUUUUGGAGAAAAUCAAGAACAAAGAGGUGUGGAAUGGCUUGAUCACGGUGCCUGAUGUGUUUCUAUCUCUGAAAUGUGCUGUGGAACAUGCCAAAAACUCACUGGCUGAGCGGAUUCUGGUGCUGUUUGUGGGGGAUGGUGACGUUCCAGUCGACACAACAGAUGGAACAGUGCUUUUAGUACAGAUCUGCAGAAAAGAGCCUGAAGGAGUGAAGUCGCUCUAUCAUGUGCCUGUGUGCCUCAACAAGGAUGUGUUCUCCAGUGCGAGUGUCAUGGCCGCAGUGUUGGGUCUGCUUCUGCCCCUAGCGUAUGAGUUUAAUCCAGGCCUGGUGCUGCAGGUGGUGGCAGGGGGCAGUGGAGGGUUGGAGGUGUGUGUGUGGGCACAGCUCACCAGCCUGCUGCGGGGAGUAGCACAGGGAAAAACUCUCGCACUGCUCAAGGGCUGUGACAGAGACAUGGUGAGGGCUACAGGAGCCUCUCUGUCUGGGGCUUCUGCUCCAUCGCUCAGGUCUCUGGAUCCUCCACUGCCUGAGGAUGUGGAGGUUAUAGAGGCACAAAGGCAGAGACUACAGCAGCGGUGGGGUCUACUGGUGAACACUGAAACUUGUACUGCAGACAAGGAAAGGGUGAUUUGUAAAGUGUAUAAUUCUGUAUGGGCUCAGUUUCAGGAAGUGGGACAGAGAGUCAGGACAGAUGAAAACUUCUACUGCUGCUGUUUGUGACCUUUUCCUGUAUCAUUUCUAUAAGUAAACAAUAGAAGUUACUUCUUUAA